AUGCGCGACGUCGCGGAGGAGCUCGUGGACGUGGACCCCGGGGCGAUCCGCCCGGUGGAGAAGACGCAGGCGAGCGACGCGCACUCGAAGGCCCUGGACGGCGUCCUCCCGUCAGACGACGACGCGAACGACCGCGCGGCGUCCGCCGUCUCGCGGCGCCGCCUGCGUCCCCCGCUCGACGCGUUCGUGCUCUCGGACGUCCUCGAUCGCGACGAGUGCGCCGCGCUCGUACGAUGCGCGGACGACGCGUCGUACUCGUUCUGGAACGCGUCCGCGUCCUCGCGCGCGUUCCGCGACUCGGACACCGUCGAGGUGACGUCCGCGAAGUGCGCGAACGCGCUGUGGCGCCGCCUGCGCGCGCACGUCGUCCCGACCGUCGUCGUCGACGCGUCGCAUCCGCUGCACGAGUCGGGCGUCGAGGGCGAGUGGGUCGCGAUCGGCGUCAACCCGCACCUGCUCUUCAACAAGUACAAACCGAACGGGCACUUCUCGCCGCACACGGACGGCGCGACGAUCGUGGACUUGAACACUCGGAGUCUGUACAGCGUGUUGGUGUACCUGAACGCGUGCGACGACGGCGGCGGCACGGCGCUGUUCGCGCCGCCGCCGGGGACGACGAUGGGAAAGUUUCUGCCGCCCACCGACGACGACGGCGGCGGCGGCGGCGGCGGGAAGUAUCGGUGGCCGGAGGCUUGGCGCGCGGACGAGGCGCCGUGCUCGCCCGGCACGGCGCUGAUAUUCCGGCAGGACAUCCCGCACGAGGGCGUCCCGGUCGGGGAAGGGUGCGAGAAGAUACUCAUACGCACGGACGUCAUGUACGAGCGCCGGGUGAAGGUUUUCGACGACGACGCGGGGCGGGAGGCGUACAGACUGCACCGCUCCGCCGCGGUCCUCCGAGCUCCGUUCCUCCGCGCGCAUCGCCGCGCGUCGCCGCGAGCCGUCGCCAUGGCCGCCGCCGUGACGAACGCCGAUACCGCGUUCACGGACCACUCCUCGCAGUCCAACUACCCGACCGCGAAGGUGACGCACACCGCGUUCGACGUCGACGUCGACUUCGACUCGAGAACGAUCGCCGGGCGCGUCGUCCUCUCCGUCCUCGCCUCGAACGACGUGGACGAGCUCGUGCUCGACACGCGCGACCUCGCGAUCGAGAAGUGCGUCGUCGACGGCGCGGACGCGACGUUCGCGCUGCAAGCCGACGCGCACCCGGUCAUGGGCUCGGCGCUGACGAUCGCGUUCCCGACCCCUCUCGCCGCGGGCGCGACGGCGUCCGUGGAGGUGUCGUACAAGACGUCGCCGUCGUCCUCCGCGGUGCAGUGGCUGCGACCGGAGCAGACCGCGGGGGGUUCGCAUCCGUACUUGUUCACGCAGUGCCAGGCGAUCCACGCGCGGUCGCUGUACCCGUGCCAAGAUUCCCCCGCGGCGAAGAUGACCUACGAGGCGAAGGUGUCGGCGCCGUCCGCGCUGACGGCGUUGAUGUCCGCCAUACCCACGGGCUCGACGCCCGCGCCCGGCGGCGCGAAGACGACGUACGCGUUCGAGCAGAAGGUGCCGAUCCCGCCGUACCUCCUCGCGCUCGCGGUCGGGGAUCUGGAGUCGCGCGAGAUCGGGCCGCGGAGCAGGGUGUGGAGCGAGCCUUCGAUGGUGGAGGCGGGCGCGUUUGAGUUCAACGAGACGGAGGACUUCCUCGCCGCGGCGGAGGAGGUCGCGGGGCCGUACGUGUGGGGGCGGUACGACCUCCUGCUCCUCCCGCCGUCGUUCCCGUACGGAGGGAUGGAGAACCCGUGUUUAACGUUCGUCACGCCGACGUUACUCGCGGGCGAUCGAAGCCAGGCGCACGUCGUCGCGCACGAGAUCGCGCACAGCUGGAGCGGCAACCUCGUCACGAACAGCACGUGGGAGCACUUCUGGCUGAACGAGGGGUUCACGGUGUUCGUGGAGCGGAAGAUCAUGCACAAGCUGUACGGCAAGGCGAUCUUCGACUUCAACGCGAUCGGGGGACUGAUGGAGCUGAAGGAGACGGUGGCGCGGUUGGGCCCCGAGCACCCGCACACGGUGCUGCAGCCGACGUUGGAGGGCGGCGUCGACCCGGACGACGUGUUCAGCAAGGUCCCGUACGAGAAGGGAUUCGCGUUCUUGGUGUACCUGGAGCACAUGACGCGGCUGGACGGUCACGGGGAGAAGGACGCGCUCGACGCCGCGAACGGCACGGACGCGUUCGCGACGUUUCUGCGGUCGCACUUCGAGAAGAACAAGUUCGCGACGACGACGAGCGAGAAAUUCCGGGCGUCGUACGCGGCGGCGUUCCCGGUCGCGUCCGCGCAGGUCGAUUGGGACGCGUGGCUCCGCGCGCCCGGGAUGCCCCCCGUGGACGUCGGCGCGUACUACGACGGGUCGUCCUCCGCCGCGAGCGGCGACCUCGCGAGGCGUUGGCACCUGUGCGACGUCUUGGGGAUGGGAUCGCCGAGCCGACCGGCGGACGUCUCCGCCGCGGACGUGGAAGGGUGGUCGUCGACGCAGAUCGACCACUUCCUUCUGUCGCUGCUGGAGUACCGAGGCGGGACGCACCCGCUGUCGCUGCCGGUGAUCGCGUCGCUCGAGGAGCUGUACGGCCUGAGCGCGUACAAGAACAGCGAGAUCAAGUGUAAGUGGCUGCAGUUGCGGCUGGGCGCCGGGGACGUCGACGCGUUCGCGCCGACGGCGGAGAUGUUGCGGAGCAUGGGGCGGAUGAAGUACCUGCGGCCGCUGUACCGGUCGCUGAAGCUGUGCAAGGAGGGAGGGAAAGCGUUCGCGGAGGAGACAUUUCAGAAGACGCGCGGGAUGUAUCAUCCGAUCGCGGAGAAGAUGGUCGCCGCGGACUUGGGCGUGGCGUAG